AUGCUUUUGAUUUUGGAUUUCGAUGUGGAUCAUAUAUUGACAGCGAAUAGAAUUGAUGAUGAACAUUCAGAUGAUGAACAUUGGUUCUCAGAUGAGUCUGAAGGUAUAUUGUUAUUCAGUUAUUUGUAUGGUUUUAUAAAUUUUUGCUGAGUGUGAUGCCUGUUUGUAUCUAGUUGUGGGUGGUUGUUUAAAUGUGCAAACUGUAAUUUAAUAUUUUUUAAAAUUUUCAUCUAAAUAUUGCUGUUCGUAUAUUUUUGCUAAUUUUAGAGAUGACAAUGUAUCAAAUAAUAAUUUCCUUGUUUAAUAUGAUUUUGUAGAAAGAGAUUUACUUGAGUGGUUGGCUGGUCUUGAACCUGUUCAAGAUGUAUAUGAUAAUGAAAGAGGUGAUCAAGGUGAUAGGGCAGAAAGUGAUGACAAGUUAAGUGAUGAAGACGAAAGUGAUGGGGAGGAAGAAAUCGCCCACUCUACCAUUCAAGUGCAUCGGUGCUGCUCAUGAGAAAAACUACUGACAUCAUUUGGAAAAUUAAGGCAUAAUACCUCGCUCUUCACAAACAAGAUAAAACAGUGAAUUCAAUGUAAGAAUACGGCCAGCACCAUUGAAUCCAGGGGACCCAAGUGCAAUGGUCAAUUCCAGCUUUUAGGUAUGCAUGUAGGGGGUGAUGGGAAGUAAGGUAUCAUAUUGCUGAUAAUGCUGAAAAAAUAGAAAUGGUGGCCAUGUAAACAUGGAGUGGUAGCUAUUGUAAAUAUUGAAAUAUUUUGGUUGUUUAGGCAGUUUAUUAAAAUUUUUCAGCAUAAUCAGCAAUAUGAUACCUUACUUCCCAUCACCCCCUGCAUGCAUAAAUUAAAAGCUGCAAUUGCCUAUUGAUCUAGACUAUGGAACUGUAUGGACACAUGUUGGUUAUAUUGCUUCUGAACUAUGCAAGUAUUUGCAUCCACUAAUUGCUGCAGGAGAUGUCGUGGAUGUCUAGUAUGUUCAGUGUAUCAAGUAUAGGGUUGACUUUUUAAUUUUAUCCAAAAAUUUUCAUGAAGACACCUGGGGCCGAUUGUUCAAAGGUGGGUUAGCGCUAACCCUGGGUUAAAAUUUAACCUGCUGUUUUAGUUUGUGUACUUCUACACAUAGAUCUGUGUAUUUCACAACUUCAGAGAAGUAAACUCCUAUCGAUCCAGACAAGAUCUCUGAAGGAAUAUUUCCAAAUUUAUUGAAAAGCUGUCAGGAAGUUUGCUUCGAAUAAUUUUUAGGUUAACCAUGGGUUAAACUAACCCAGCUUUGAACAACCGGCCCCUGGUGAGUGGAGAUUCGAGUGGUAGGAAAAAGAUGAGUGUAUGUUGACAGAUGUUUUUUAUAUAAUAAAUAGCAACUACCAAGCUAUGUUUAGCAAGUUAUUAGUGCAUUUAUUUCAAUUGGCUAACUUUUUUAGUUUUUUCCAGCAUUUUUUAAACAAACCAUAGGUUAUGAAUGAUAACUGGGUAUAUCUAAUUAAACCAAUCUGUCAUGUACACUCAUGCAAAUAAGACUAAGUACAUAAAUAACUGUAAAAAAUGUACUUUAGUAAAUAAAUGAAUAUUUAUUCAUACACUUGACCUACUUUGUGAGUAUUUUUUCAGAUUAAAAUUAAUGCAACAAUAAAACAAGAAGAUGUCUAUUUAUAUAAUAUUUAUUAAAUUGAUCAGAGAUCCCACUUCAGCUCAGAAACCACUGCCAGCAGGGAAAGAUCCCACAAUAUAAACAUGCCACUUAAUUUGUUAUAUGAUACAUAAAAACUUAUUUUAUUGCUUUAAAACAAGUGAAGCUCUCUGCUGGCUUGAAAUGGGCUGUUAUGACACUGAUUUGUCCAUGCUGAGGAUUCCACAGCUCGAUUUGCCACAAAAACCCCAGUAUCAGGCGAUCAGCUCGUCUUGAAAUACGUACACGAUCCAGUCGCGUCGGCCAAAGACAACAAAACUUUGAAAAUCGCACAGAUAUAAAUUCUAAAAAAAUAUUAAAACAACUCCUAAGUCUUCUAAAUAAUAUUUUAACACUUUAACAAAAAUUCAUUGAAAAUAUCAUCUUUGAUGGCGCAUUUUCUUUCCAAGAUAUUAGACGCCAUUUUAGCGAACGUCGAGUUGACAGUAGUCACUUCAACGGUCAAUAUCUCGAAAACUGCCGGGGGAUCACCGGGAUCAUUCCAGCAGAUUUAAAGCUUAUACUUUUGUCUUGACGACUACCAAAAAUGAAGAAAAUCGAACCAUGGGAAUUCUAGAUAUUUCAUUUUAAACAUUGUAAACAUAUUUAGACUUGAGUCAACGCGUCGCGGGGAGUCGACUAACUUCAAACAUCAAAAUAACAUUGAAAAUAACAUUUACCUCAGAGAUUUCUGCAGAUAUCACCAGAUCUUUUGCAGUAGAACUACUACACUUGAAAUUUUGCAAGAAAAUUUUAAUAUUAAUAUUUUUUUCCGAUUUAUUUUCUGUCGAAUGCAAAUUUUUCUGUCCAAAUUCUGCAGAUAACACGAUGGAAAAUAGAGCGAUCUCAUUGGUCGAGAGCUCACGUGACAACUCGCUAAUUGCUUGUCGUACCUCCUCUGAUCUGCAGCAUGAUUUUGCUCACAAUGACAUUUCGUCAAAAAAUUUUUCUUCAAGAUUGGUUUAAGAUUGGUUUAGAAACAAACUUGAAGUAGGGUUAGGGUUAGGGUUAGGGUAAGGAUUACGGUUGGGGUUAGAGUUGGUGUUUGGAAUAGGGUUAGUGUUAGUAAAACCGUUGGUUUGUUGUCACUUUGAGGCCAGCGAAAUAUAAACCUAUUCUGAUUUAGCCUGCGUAGCAGGCGUUUAGGAUCGCCUGGUCACAUGACACCCACAAUUUCUGCGUGUUUUGAUAUUUAUUUAUUUAUUAAACCUUGCUAAAAACACUAACACAACAACAAAUAGACAUCUAGAAAAUAAAUAUGGGCAUAGCAGUGACACCAGGGGGCUCACGCCACAACAGUGUAAACCAAUUAUCACUUAUUUACUGAGACCGAGGGAAACAGUGUGUUUUGUGGACCCGAAACCGUCGAUGUUUCCCGAGGCGAAGCCGAGGGAAACAUCGACAGUCGAGGGUCCACAAAACACACUGCUUUCCCGAGGUCUCAGUAAAUAAGUGUUUUAUUAUAUAUUAAUAGUCAAAGAAACAACAAAUUAAAGAACAAAUGAACGUAAAUACAUGAAAUAUUUUAUUGUCAAAACGUUAAAUUAAGCACUGCAGUUCAGUUAAAGCGAAAGUUUUAAUAACUAGGCAUGUCCAAAAGUCGCAUCUUCACGUGAUGACGCACGUGAUUUUUUUUGUUAUUCGCCGGUCGAUAACGUCUUGUUUCCCUCUCGCGCUGUUGCGAGGGAAACAGUCUAAUUUCGUCACUCUCACGUGAUAUGCUCUCAACCAAUAAAACCACAGGGGGUCCAACUAAGAGCUGUGUUAUGAAUAUGAAUAAAACAUUAUAUAUACAUAUAUUUAAAUUAUUGCACUUACUUGUAUAAAUCAUAAGAGCUUGCAUUUGCAGUGAAUAGCUUCAAACAGGGCGCUUAUAUACGCUCAGAAACAUUGCUUCGAACGAUUGUUCAAAUAUGGCGAAAAAAUUGACAAAACGAAAAUAUUACAUGACGUUCCAACGAACGCGAGCGGAAGGCGAGGGUAAUAGAUAUUAAUAGAAGGGAUGAAACACCGGUAAUGCGAUCGUGUGAUGUGUUCCAUACAUGACGAGCCGCACGGGUUUAAACAGGAUUAACUUUUAGGUGUUGCUUAAGGCAGCAUUAAUGGGAAAAGUGUGAAAGGUGUUGACAUUUGUUUCCAAUUAAUGGCCUGGAUUAUUUUCCCUUGCAUGUAAUUUAAUGCCAAGUAAUGAGAUGUAGUUUAAUCAUUGAAAAAUAUUAACUAAUCUAGUUUAUGAAGCGACUUGUCAUCACCAAUUACUGCAUAUUAGAACUACAGAAUAUAAGUUUACAAAAUUUCGGGCGCCAAAUUCAAUUGCGCCAAAUGUCUGAAGCGAACAGCAUGUCAAGCGACCAUGGCGUACAAACGCGUUUACUCAGACAAGCUUGAUGCUCUAAAAAACUGGUAUGCCCACUGGUACGCCUACUGGUAUGCCUUUAUCUGUCGUAACGAUCUCAAGCGACCAUGGCGUACAAACGCGUUUACUCAGACAAGCUUGAUGCUCUAAAAAACUGGUAUGCCCACUGGUACGCCUACUGGUAUGCCUUUAUCUGUCGUCUAUAUAAAGGCUAUAGUUAUACUACAUUCCUUAGUAAUUACAACCAUGGCCCAACGUGUUGGUUGACAAAAAAUAUCAGCGAAUUUGGUAAGACGCUUUUUACUUUACAUUUAUUUUACAAUAGUCAUACACAUAUAUUGCUAUUUUCAUGUUUAUUGACUCUGUAAUCCAAAUCUGUAUUCUAUCCUUACAAAUGUGCCAACACUCCCUGCUGACGAGUCCAGCAGACCAUGAAGGACGAAACGCCGCGUACAGGGAUACUGUAUUUUACACACAUGACUAUCUAUUUCUCUCGCUUUAUAUGUUUUACAUGCCUCCAUACAAGCUUUUUAGUGCAGCGCGAUCGUACUCUUUGGGUCUGAUCAAAUAUAUAUUUUAAACCACAGCCACAGGAUAUAUUUUACCUUUACAAUUUACACAUACAUCUCCAAUUUUGUGUUUCAUAAAUCUACACCUGUACUUAUAUUCCUUAGGUUCAUGUUUAUACAAAUACAAGUUGUUUUUUUUAUCUUUUAUCCUCAGUUUCAUCAAAUACAACAUAAUUUUCACAAGCAUUAUAAGUGAUACAUUGUGUCAACAACCGUACGAGGCCAUCAUGCACACUAUCAUAUUUCACACAAACUUUUUGAUCUAACAUUUAGGGAUUAUUGUGGCAUAAAAUUAUUACUAGGACACAAGUAUGGUUCUCAUUACCUAUUAACUUAAAAAAACAGGUUAUGAAGAUGUUCCAUCUUUUCUUAACCAGUGAAAGCUAAAGAGGAGUCUGUAUUUUUCUCUGCAUUCAGUACAUAUCAUACUAUAUUAUUAAAAUCACGGCGCAACGCAAAAUCCUUUGUCUCUGCCGGAAUAAUUAAGAGUCCUUUUAGUGGAAACUCCUGUGCCAGAAAGAUGUGCCAUCUUUUGCUGGCAGGUUAUGAAGAUGCUCCAUCUUUUCUUAACCAGUGGAAGCUAAAUAGGAGUCUCUGUUAUUCCUUGUAUACAGUACAUAUUAUACUAUAAAACACGGCGCAAUGCAAAAUAUAGCCUUUGGCUUUGCCUCUGCCGGAAUAAUUAAGAGUCCUUUUAGUGGAAACUCCUGUGCCAGAAAGAUGUGCCAUCUUUUGCUGGCAGGUUAUGAAGAUGCUCCAUCUUUUCUUAACCAGUGGAAGCUAAAUAGGAGUCUGUGUUAUUCCUUGUAUACAGUACAUAUUAUAGUAUAAAACACGGCGCAACGCAAAAUAUAGCCUUUGCCUCUGCCGGAAUAAUUAAGAGUCCUUUCAGUGGAAACUCCUGUGCCAGAAAGAUGUGCCAUCUUUUGCUGGCAGGUUAUGAAGAUGCUCCAUCUUUUCUUAACCAGUGGAAGCUAAAUAGGAGUCUGUGUUAUUCCUUGUAUACAGUACAUAUUAUAGUAUAAAACACGGCGCAACGCAAAAUAUAGCCUUUGCCUCUGCCGGAAUAAUUAAGAGUCCUUUCAGUGGAAACUUCUGUGCCAGAAAGAUGUGCCAUCUUUUGCUGGCAGGUUAUGAAGAUGCUCCAUCUUUUCUUAACCAGUGGAAACUAAAUAGGAGUCUGUGUUAUUCCUUGUAUACACUAAAUAUUAGUAUAUUGCACUAUAAAUCACGGCGCGCGCAACACAAAAUACAGCCUUUGCUCCAUUUUAGGAGUCCUUCUAGUAUGAAGAUGCUCCAUUUUUCUUAACCAGUGGAAGCUAUUGAGAGUCUGUAUUACAAUUAUCCCUUGAAAAUUAUGGAGCAAAAUACGUAACGCAAAUAUAUGGCCUUUCAAAAUAAAUUAUCUUGUACUGAAUUAUAUAAUCUAUUUUCCCUUCCUUGCGCGACCUUUUUCCAAUGUAGGCCUAUUGCAAUCCGUAAGAGAAAACAAACUAGUAAGGAGAUAUUUAUACCAUAUACCUAUAAAGAACGCAUUGCGCAUCUAAACCAGAAGCAUCUUUUGGCGCAUCUAAGCCAAAAUAGCAUUGUGAAUUAGCUACACCUGGAGCGGUAUAUAUAGCGGUAUCCUGUAGUGUUAGCUCUGUCAACAAUCAAGCCAUUUAUUUGUACUAAACUGUACCUAAAAUAUCAUAUAACAUAUGUAGGUUAAUAUUCGGACUGAAAUUAAACUUAUUACAUGUUUGAUCUCACACUGUGUUUGAGCAGUUUCUCCUGGAUUGAUGACAUCGCAUAGCGUUAAUUGUUGGUGGGUAAGCUGCACCCGCUUCCUGAAAAAUGCAAACUCAGUUUGCAAAUCCCGCUGGUUUUCAAAACGUGCGGCUCGUCAUGUAGCCUGUUCUCUCGGAAAAUUCCAAAACGCCUCCUGCCAACUUCACAACGCCUACGCGCUUAAUUAGUGAAAAUAAACAAUGUUUAGCUAUACCGGCUAAUAUGAAAUGUUUAAAUGUAGCGACCAACGAUUUUUUUACAUUAUUUAGUUUUAUUAUUAUUUAGUCAUACGUCACGAGAACAGGCUACUUAUGGAACACAUCUCGCGAAAACGGCUAAGAAUGUCCGCAGUUAUAAAUCAUAUAAAUUACAUUGAUCAGUGCUUUUUUGGUAAUUACUAUGAGCUUGUUCAUGUAAGAGAACAUCUACUGAGCCCUAAAAAUACCACAAAAAGCUUAAACGGAUAGUCUAGAAACAUUUUAAAAAGUCACGUGAUAUUUGUUUCAUCCCUUCUAUUUAUUUCUUCCCUCGCCUUUUCGCACGCGCGCCCGCAAUCCUUGCUGUUAUUUUCGUUGGAACGUCAUGCAAUAUUUUCGUUUUAUCAAUUUAUUCGCCAUUUUGAACAAUCGUUCGAAGCAAUGUUUCUGAGCAUAUAUAAGUGCCCUGUUUGAAGUUAUUCACUGCAAAUGCAAGCUCUUAUGAUUGAUAGAAGUAAGUGAAAUAAUUUAAAUAUAUUACGUUAUGAUGUUUCAUUCAUAUUACGUUUAAUUAAUGUUUUAUUCAUAUUCAUAACACAGCUCUUAGUUGGACCCCCUGUGAUAAAACACUAGGAAAAUGCGACUUUGACUAGUAUUGAUAUAUAAUAAUUACUUUUAACCCUUUAUAUAAAAAUACGCAUAUCUGAUAUCUGCCGCCCUACAGCCGUCGAGGCAAAAUACCCUGGCGACGAAGUGGAUUGUUUGUGAAAUUUAGACAGGAUUGUUUACCGAGGCGGAAAAUUAAUGGACUCGGAUGGAAAAUUCAAGUUGAUGCACUUCACUUUGACAUUAUUUGAAGAUAAAAGACAGGGCAUAAGAUUCACAAAGUACUGUUUAAUAAACGAGCAGGAGUGUUUUAUUAGGUUUAAAGCCCCGAGCGCGCAGCGCGAGUGGCUUUAGACCUAAUAAAACACGACUACCUGCGAGUUUAUUAAACGGCUUCAAACACGACUACAAAUUCAAUAGAUAUACUGCCCUAUUAGUAUUCUUUAUAUAAAAAUAUUAACGAGGACACGACUACAAUAGAUACUGCCUUAUUUAGUAUGCUUUAUAUAAGGAAUACUAAUUAGGAGUGUUUUAUCAGGUUUAAAGCUAAUAAGCCAAUAAGCUUAUGAAUUAUUAAUGAGUGUUUGAAGCAAGGUUCAAUUACUAGAAUAUCAAACCUCCCAUCUAACUUUCAUUUUUCGUCCAAUGUUUUGCUUAUAUUUUAGAGGAAAGAAACCUCGAAUGGUUGAAUGGGGUGGCCACCAUGGGGGCUGGGGGGCUUUGCCCUCGCCAAAGCCCCCGUCCCCCCAGUUAUGUAUAUACAAAACGCCCUGAUAUCAUGAUGUAGAAUUGGAACCCUUCGCAUGUGACUGGAAGCAUUAAAUUUAUGCAUAUCAAAGUAUUGAAUUGUGCAAUCAUUAUAUGUGUUCCACUUAAAGCCAAAUGUAGAACUGUCCAUUAAAUAAUUUUUGUUCUAGUAUAUUUUGUCUUCUUGCUACGAGGUCGGUUGGUGCAUGCUUGGGGAUAUAAUCUCGUAUUAAUCCAGAACGGAAUCUUUGAACUCACUGAAGCCAACAAAGACUAAUUAAUGCAGCAACACAAUGGAUGAUUCUAGCUGCAUGUAGACUAAAUUUUGAUCUCGGCAAGAAGAACAAAAUCCAUCACCACAGCUAGAAAUUUAAGAGCACGUUAAAAUUAGUAAAAUUGCAAAGUUUGGUUGCGAAAUGUUGUAAAAUGAGGGAAAUAUAGCCCUACGAAAUUUGCAAAUUUGUAUUAAUUUGUAUUAUGCACGAAAAAAUGCACCACUUUCGGCCCAAAUGUGGUGCUUUUUCCCGCGCGUAAUAUGGAUUUUGUUCUUCUUGCCUGGGUCAAAAUUUAGUCUACAGGGUGUAUCAAAAAAAGUAAGACAAUUUUGAAAUUGCUCUCAAUUCCACAAUUCUGUUCAUGAAAUAAACUUGGUUCGCCAAAGUUUCACGAACGAAUAUCCAGAUGUACGAUGCCUUCACGUAUUCGCACGUGAAGGGCAUCGUACAUGCAUCUGGAUAUUCUUUCGUGAACUUUGGCGAACCAAGUUUAUGUUGUUGCUACGGAGGAACUCUGAUACCAUAAAAGCUCUCUGCUGCGGGGUAAAUUGUGGCAUCGCCAUUUCAAAGUGUACGGGGUAUUAUACGAGAAAAUUCGUUUCAGCACAAACAACUCGAAAUAAAAGCUCUCUGCUGUGGGGUAAAUUGUGGCAUCGCCAUUUCAAAGUGUAGGGGGUAUUAUACGAGAAAAUUCGUUUCAGCACAAACAACUUGAAAUCACACAAAUUCCAUGGAAAUUCCAUGGAACUCUCAUGGGAGUAAAAAUGAAUUCAUAAUGAAGCAAGAACAGCACCAACAGAGAAAAAUGUAACGUUUUCAUAGGCUUUUCGGAGGAUUUGUACUCGGUAAAAUCCUGCCGAAAUUUUAUCACAAAUGCAACAAAUAGCGAACUUUUCAUACAUGAACUCAAAUAAAGAAUACCGUUUGUCAUUUCCGUGCGCAAGCCACUUUUAGGAGAGCAAAAGUUGACCACCCCCUGGAUAGCAAAAUUUACUAUUUUCAAAAUUUUUUAUAUUUUCCAUAAUUUAAGAACUCAAGCAAUCCAUAUAUAGCAAAAAUUACAUUUCAUGAACAGAAUUGUGGAAUUGAGAGUAAUUUCAAAAUUGUCUUACUUUUUUUUAUACACCCUGUAUAGCUGGAAUCAUCCAUUUUUUUUAAUAAUCAGAGUUUAGACUUUAUUGAGAGAUGGAAGUUGCAGCAGGGAAGUAUAGGUGUUCCAAACAGUGUAUUGAAUCGAAUGAUGAUUUGUUUCACUGCAAAUCGUACGACAAUUAUAGAUCACUGAUUAUUUCUACAAAUUAUUUUCAGGAAUUUUAGGUCUGAAUGAAAAUGCGGUGUUUGAAAACUGCGAGAGUGCCAAGGGAAAUGAGGUUCUGUCAAUUUUAACUUACGCAGAACGCAUAGGAAUGUCCACGGGUAUCGUCACGGACACGCGUGUAACCCACGCAACCCCAGCAGCAUUCUACAGUCAUACACCGUCACGUAAUUGGGAAACGAUCAGGCGGCGAAAGGGGAUUGUAAGGAUAUAUAUGUAAGUAGAUGUGUAUACAUGGGUAUACACGUAAUUAGAGUUAAGCAAUACUGCAGACUCCUGCACAACCCAAAAGCAGUGCUAAGUAUAGGGGACAAAAUUAUGCACUUGUGGCUUCAGCAGAUUGUUGAGUCAUUCAAAUCAGUCUAAUUAACAAUACGUUAUUUCAAUAGUUUGGGGUUUUUUGGGACACCCUGUAUAUAUUUUUGUUAUAAUUCUGUUACAAUUUAAUUCCCAUAAGAUAUCGGUAAUUUUGGUUAUUGGUUUUAAUUCGCGCGCGCAUUUUUAAACACAUCACGGAUUACAAAAUUAUGAUUGUGAAAUUAUUACCAUUUCUUCUUUAAUUUUCAUCGAAUAUUGAGAUGGUGGAGUAAAUUAAAUUAGAUCUUAUAAUUAACAUUCUUUGCUCUAUACAAUGAUAAACUAUUCUUACCCUUCACCAUUCCACAAUUACGUAUACGCAGAUGAUAAACUAUAUAUUCCUAAGUAGGACUACGGGCCUAAAUGUGUAGCGAGGGCAUGGAUCACGCAUUUUUCCAAAGGAAACUGAAAAUGCCCCACUAUUGAUACAAGCUUCCAUCUCUGAUACGUAUACACAGAUACACAGAUACACAUAUACACCCAUUCGAGUCGUUGACUGCAAGUGACUAUGUGAAUGUAAAUCAAUAUUAAUUAUUUUGCUAUGUCGAUUAAUAACAAGAAGGGUUAAGUAUCGAAAUUGUAAGCACAUAUAAUCGUUAUUUACCAUUCACAACAUCGAAUUAUUUUCCAAUUUGAACAAACGAGGAAAUUGAAUUUAUACAAAAUGAGUAAAUUGUUAAACACGUUCGAAAUUAUCAAUACAGUAAAUCUUGAUAAUUAUACCCAUACUUUAACAUGGCAGUACCCUAGUAUAUAUACAUGAACUUAUUGUUAGACCUCAUGCAACAUGUAUAGACUUAGAGCGCUGCACCGGAAUCGCAGGGCCACAUGUUCUAUUCUUGCUAGGGGAUGCAUCGGUUGCAUUUUUUGCAGCUGUUCCUGGCUAGGUCUUUUAUUAACAACCGUUACGGUACUAUUUCAUAAAUGUACAUCAAAAUUACACGCAAAAAUGUCCGUCUACAAAACCCGUCACCUUUUUUAUUCACUCUUGUUAUGACAGUAUUUGACUAAGUACUAUUUAAAACACGAGCAGGAGCGCUUUAUCAGAUAGAAUAGAAUAGAGACUUUAUUUCACGAGGGAAAACGUAUUAACCGUAAAAGUUAUCUAACAUACGGCCCUCGCACUAUUUUGAUAUUUACAGGCAUAAAAAGUAUUAAGGGUUACGACUAUUUACAUUUGAGAAAAAAAUAAUUAGUAUAAUGAAUACAAUUACAAUUUAGUAAAUAUUUACAAUUUAUACAAAAUAGAUCUUCGAUAUGAUUAGUAAGGGUAAGCUUGUUAAGAAAGAUUUUACGAAUUUUUUGUUUGGCGUUAGUAUAUGAAGAGCAAGAUGGCGAAGCAGCAAGUUGCUUGCAAUCGCUAUCUAAGCAAUUAAAAAGAAUGGAAGCAUGCACUGUACAGAAAUGUUCGUUUACCCAUGGGCCGCGGAACCGGGGGGCAAUGGGGGCAUGUGCCCCCCCACUUUUCUUAAAAGUGAAAAAAGUGCCCUUUUUUCUGGGCUAAAAUGCCCCAUUUAAAAAACGAAAAAAGUAUUUCUUGAAUAAACGCCCUCUUUUUCUGGAAAGAAAAUGCCCUUUUCGCAGUAGUAAAGACUCUGUAAAGUCCAUUUCCGACGUUAGAGAGACUCCAUAUUUUCAAAAAUUUUCGUUCGGCUCGUGAACGUCAUAAAAUCGUUUGAUUCUGGUCAUAUACAAAAGUGCCCCUUUCGGUCAAUGCCCCUCCACUUUCGAAAUGCUUCCGCGGCCUCUGCGUUUACCAGAGUCAGUACGCGGGAAGGGGGGUUGAAGGUCAUAUGCGCAAGCUCUAGUCAGAGCCCGUUGUCGAGUAGAAGAUAAGAAUUUAAACAUUUGCUUAAAUGAAGAUGGAGCACUGGGAUUUGUGAGAAUUUUAAUUAGUAAGAGAAGCUUCCUAAAUUUAACAAGAUCAAAAAUUGGGAUUAUUCGAAUCUGGGAAAAGAGAAGAACAGAAGGAGUAGAAAAGUCAGCGUCUAGAAUAAUACGUGCUGCACGCUUUUGCAGUCGAAGAAUGCGAAGUAAAAGUGUUUUUGAGCAGUUUCCUCAAGUUACAGAGCAGUAGAUAAGACUUGAAUUAAUACAGGAGUUAUAGAAACGAAGAGCACAGUCCUUAGUUAAAAAGGGUUUAAUCCUGCGUAAUAAAGCAUAGAUAGAUAUAAGACACGACACCACAGCCGAGUGUUUUAUAUCUGAUAAAGCAUGGACUGCGAUUGUUUCGAAAAAAUCAAAGCUAAAGUGUGUAAAUUAUCAUAAAAUUAUCAUAAUUUUAUCACAUAUAAAACCACCGACACGGUAGUGAUUUCCUUUCAGUGUCUUUUCCUCAUGAAUUAUUAAUGAGUUUUUUGAGGUCAAACUAACGGAGAGCCUCUGGUCAUAUCGAUUGCAGAUCCCACUUCCACACUUGAUUAUGUUCAGAAUCUGAAUCUCGCAUCUGAUUGGCAAAUUUGUAAAAAUAUGUCAAACCGGUUUGGGAAAUAAACAUUACUGUAUAAGCUACAAUAAUAGUUAUGAUUAGCUUACUGUAAUGUUUAUUUCCCAAACCGGUUUGACAUAUUUUUACAAAUGGCCAAUCACAUGCAAGAUUCAAAUUCUGUACAUAAACAAGUGUGGAAGUGGGAUUUGCAAUCGAUAUGACCAGAGGCUCUCCGUUCUCGCUUCCGUCGUACCGUUUCUUUCGUCUUGCAAAGAGCCUCUGGAACCAGGUUAGCCUGUUUUAUACGUCGAAUGUCGGUCGCGUCGAAUGCAAUUCAAACAAUAGAUAAUGAAGCUUUAUAAUGAGGUUUAUCAUCUCAUUAUCUAUAUUGUCUUAAUUGCAUUCGACGCGACCAAAAUUCGACGUAUAAAACAGGCCUAAGUUACGAAAGUACAAGAGCCACGAGUUAUCACUUGCGUUGGUAAUCUGAGUGCAAAUUUCCCUUUGUCUUAUAUUUAAUACUUAUCCAAUAUUUUGAAGGGCUAAUUUUUCAUAUUGUGCGUUUAAUAAAUCACCGUUUCUCGUGUUUGAACAGAGGAUACCCUAAUGAUAGUGACCACCGACCACUCACAUUCAUUCUUUUUGUAUGGUAGUCCUGUUCGAAACAACCCCAUCCUGGGUUUCCAGAAGACAAUUCCACCUGAUGGCAAGCCAGCUCUUACCUUGGCAUACUCUGAUGGUCCAGGCGGGUUAAAACCUAACACAGAGAGGGCGAACCUUACUGGAGUCAAUUACAAUGCAACUGGUUUCAACCAGCAAGCUUUUAUGUGGACGUACUCGGAAAGCCACGGGGGCGAAGAUGUGG